AUGGUGAUGAUGACGGGGACUCCGACUCGCAAGGCCGCCACGGCCUCUCUGCUCGCCAUCGCGGUCGUUAUCGCGGUCACAGCAGCUAGUACCACCACGGCGAGCGCGGCGGGAUCCAAGGGCCUCAUUGGCACGCGGAUGAAGAUCAACGGCCGAUAUUUCGGCUUCAACAAGCCUCACCGCUGUGCCUCUGGUCUGGCCAACCCAACCUUGGUUGGCGGGACCGUGAAAGUGGAGGUGCUGUGGCAGCAGAAUGGGCAGGCUGUGUGCGACAAGAUUGUCUUGUUCCACGGACCCAGCUGUAACGGAAAGGCGUUGGAAACUGUCGAGCAGGACGUGCUCGGAGUUAAGUCCCUCAGCAAAGCUUUUAUGUCCGCCCGCUGCAUCAGCGGUGGCGCCAACACCACACCCACCACUGACACCAAUGCACCUGCCACCGACAACAAUACACCUGCCACCGACACCAAUGCACCUGCCACCGACACCAAUGCACCUGCCACCGACACCAAUGCACCUGCCACCGACACCAAUGCACCUCCCACCGACGACAAUCUUCCAAUCUACUCUACUCAGAAGGCGAGCACGUCUACAUACAGGGGCGUGGUUGGCAGACGGAUGACGAUCAACGGCCAGCGUUUCGGCUUUAACUCGCCGCGCAACUGUGCCGCCAACAUGCUAAACGUGGGUGACGGGACCUUGAAUGUGGAAAUAUUGUGGCAGCGGAAUGGCGAGGCUGCGUGCGACAAGAUUGUCUUCUUUCGCGGAACCAUAUGCAACGGAGCGGCAGUGGCCACAGUCAUGCGGGACGAGAUCGGAAUUAUGCAAGCCCCUUACCCGUAUCUCUCCGCUCGCUGCAUCGUUGGUGGCAACGACAGCUAG